ACGAAGAAGAUGAUGUUGCGCGGAAGGCUGCGCAGUGGUUUCGUCGCUCGUGAACGAUGGAGACGAAUGUUUUGAUGGAGUCUCGGGACUAACUGGACAUAUUUGCAGGAGUAACAACAAACCACAGUGUUCGUUUUGUGCUGUUUAAUCGUACCUGCUACAUUAGCCGAUGUGCGACAGCAGUUGAAGCCUAAUUCAAUCUGACGAAGCUGUCGGUUAGCUAAGAUCGUUUACGCGGCGGCCUAGCUAACGUUGUAGCUAACUCUGUGAAGUUGGGACAGGCUUCAUUCUGUUGUUACCCACAAAACAACAGCUCCACGUGGGAUUAUUUCACGAUCACUGCGGCUCUAUGAGAGAGUCUGGUACUUUGAAUCGUCCUCGUAAAGCCAGCGUGAGCCCGGCGUCUUGAUCCCAUAUCAAGGGGAAGUGUUCAUCCAUGUCCACGAGCUCCUGCCUGUUAAUACUCUGUGAUAACGUCAGUGAACAUGUCUCUAGUCGCGUAUGGCAGCAGUGAUGACAGCGACUCAGAGGAGACCUCCACCUCUGCGGCAGCGCAGAGCAGAGGCGGCUCAGGAGGGCUCUUCUCUCUGCUGCCUGCUCCCAAAAAGUCUGCAUCUGCAGGAAGGAACGAUGGACCGAUCCGGGAGACAAGAGUCAAGCCUUCACUUCAGGACUGCGCGUCAGACGACCACCUGGAUCUUCAGUCAUCUAAAGGAGGCUUCCUGUCCAGUCUCCCCAAACCCAGGAAGCGAACAGAGCCUGUCAAGAUCACCGUGCCACAGAUCCAGAGACAGGAUUCCGAUUCUGAUGAUGACGAACCAGCAAAGAAGAAAGUACAACCUCAGGGUACGGGCUCAGGCCUGUCUGCCCUUCUACCAAAGCCCAAAAACCUGACAGUGAAGGAGCUUGCCAGACCCCUGAUUCCCCACACACUAACUAAAAGACAAGAACCCAAAGGAUCCAAGCCUGGAGCGCCCGCUCAGGGUCUGCUCGGUUCUAGUGCGUCUCCCUCUGCCAUUAAAGCAGCAGCAAAGUCGGCUGCCCUGCAGGUGGCAAGACAAAUAGCCACCGACGACCAGGACGAGGAGGAAAUAACCCCACAGAACUACUUCUCCCUAUGUGAAAGCUCCCAGCCUCUUCCCGCAGUCAUCCCGAGCUUAGACCCUGAGCCAGUAGCCCCCGCAGAGCCUCUUUCUAUCGCAGCCGCUGAUGAGCCUGGUCAGUCUGAUGCCCCUCUUGACUUUGGGGGCAGCCAAGAGGGAGCCGGUGCAUGGGGAGGUCAAUAUUCUCAGUAUCAGCAGCCCAUGACAGGUCCAGAGGCUUGUCCUCAGGAAUACUAUGAUGAGUCAUAUUACCAAGAUCCGAACCCUGCAUUGUCAGAGGAGGGAGAAGAGCCUGGACAAUCUGCCAUGUUUGAUGAUGAAGCGUUCAUGCGGCUGCAGGGGAAAAGAAACAGAGGCAAAGAGGAGGUGAAGUUUCUGGAGAUCAAGGGAGACGACCAGCUGAGCGGCAACCAGCAGUGGAUGACGAAGAGCAUGACAGAAGAGAAGCAGAACCGUCAGUCCUUCAGCAAGAAAAAGGGAGAACAACCUACAGGACAACAGCGGCGCAAACACCAGAUAACGUAUCUCAUUCACCAGGCGAAGGAGCGUGAGCUGGAGCUGAAGAACAGCUGGGCCGAUAACAAGCUAACCCGCCGGCAGACCCAGGCCAAAUAUGGUUUCUAAAUGUCACACUGUGGACUCAUGGUGGCAUGUGGAAACGCUGGAUCAGAAAGUAGAGAAUUCCAGAUUCCCUGAACAAACAGAAGGAUGUUUUUUUGGGGGCGGGGAGUAGAAAUACCGUAAUACAGAUUUUCCCUCUUCGGCUCAAUCCACCUUUUGCUCGACUGAUAAGUUGUUACUCCCACAGCGAAACUCAAGAUACAGACGUUAACCUCUCCUUUUGUCCAUAGUUUAUCUUAAAUAAACCAUAACUUCACUUAUUUUCUAAACCAGCACAUCUACAAACUGUACAACAGUGCAACUGUGUUUUGAAGGUAUCUUUGGUCAGUCGGUGGUAGAUAAGAGAAGAUGUAAUGUGACCCUGAAUUGGCCAUCACAAAUGUUUUCUUUUGAAUGUGUAUCCUUCCGGUUCAUGAUGGUGAACAUUACUGUAUGUUUCCUUUGUUCUGUGAUGACCCAAUAGAAAAGGUUUGGUUUUCUGGCAAUAGAAACACAGAUAUACAUAUUUAUACACUGAAUCAACAACUUUGUAAAGAAAAAUAAAGAUGUUGGAAAAAAAACACGUUGAUUUGCUUGCAGAAGUUUUUCAUAUCCGUUUUUCUUUAUUUUUAAUAAAUAAAUUGCCAGAGAACCAAACAUGCUUUUCAGUCUCAGUGCUGAUGCUGCUCAAGAAGCACCAGGUUUCGUUUCAACAUCUUUCAGGACCUUUACCUCAGUUUUACGUGGCUGACUCCAGCAUGCAUCUUUCAGUUUCAGUAUUUUGCUCAAAUCCCAAUAAACUUUAGUCCUGAAUUGAUGAGUUCUUUAACGGUACCUCGACGCAAGAUCCUAAUGUUUUAUUAAACCUGGAUGAGAGGAGGCUUGUUCUAGAUUUCUUUCUGCUGCUCCAGUUUUAGACAAAUCUGGUGUCAAAAUGAAUUAGAAAUAUCUGUAUGUGGGUUUUCCACUGCUAGUACGCCAGAAUGUUUGAGGGAAAAUGCUUAAUUAGUUGGAAACUGCUGGAAUAGACCUUAUUUCUUUACCUUUUGUUAUGCGUGUUGUGUCGUUAAAAUUUGAUCAAUAAAUUUUUCCUUUCCUGGCACC